ACGUGCAACAGCCACUGAAAACUGCGAGGCAGGAAGAGUGAAGGAAGGAGAGGAAAUCGGAGGCCCUCGGCCAAACCCGAUGGGAUAGGAGCGAAGGAAACGCAGGCGUGCUCAUGCAGGCAGAGGGGGCGAGGCAGAAACACGCACAGGGAUAACAUCAGAAAUCAGCACUGACGGGAAACAGUGGGUGGGGGGGUCUGAGCUGAGGAAAAAAAAAGUUUUAAGGUUGGGGGAGCAGGGGGACUCGUACAAGAAAAACAUCCAGCGGGAGCAGCGAGGGUUGGACUCGGGUGGGAAGGGCGACUCUGUGCAGGAAUCUCGCUAUGGAACUACGCAACUGCUUCCAUCAUGUUUUGAGAUACCAGGAGGCUCAGGGAGCGCUGCCUUCCACAGCACACUGGGUCACGUCGCUGCUGGCUCCAGCAUGGUCCACAGACGCACGCCGAGAUGGGAUGUUCUAGAAAGCCUGGAAAAUAAGUUCCCAUUAAGCUUUAGACCGGAGGAGCACAACAGGAUGAGUUCCUAUGGAUUUAAACAUUCCUUCCGGAAUGGAUACAGUCACCAUUCCAGGUUGUCUCUCGCAACUUUGGAGUGCCCCACGCAGCUAGUUACAGCUGGCCAAAGCUGUCGUACGAAGUCCAGCCGUUUGAGGUGGGGCAAGUGGCAGAGGCCGGAUCUACUACACAACAGCGCCUCUGUGAGGGAGCGCUUGAGAGAAUGCAGCUUUGUGGCCAACCUUCACCAGACCCGCACACCCCUCCCCUCAAAGAAAUGUGCUCUGGAGGUGCCGACACAGUUCACAGGUCAGAGAAACUGUGGGGAGCCUGUUUGCGUGGUGGAGCAACAGUCCGACUCUGUUACAGAGCCACUGGCGUCCGUCUUGCACACGGAGGCAAGCCGGCACACCCUUGACAAACCCAACAGCCUGGACAGCACCAAACCGAAUUUCCCAAAGUCAAUGGGACAUGUAGCAGAAACGGCUGGCGCUGUGCAUGAUGUUAUCUUCUCUACGGAAGUCCCUUACAACACCACGGUCAACCGCUGUAAGAGCUGCUCGCGUUCGGAUUCUGCCGGAGUGGAGACACAAAAUGUGCCCGGCACCGGAGGUCAGGGUGGUGAAACCUGCGCUUUUGGCAUGAAGAAAACGACCUGUGUUCUCCAGGACCAGAUCCGUAGGGUGGUCGUGAAUCUUGAGGAAGUCCUUCGUGGCCUGAAGGAAGUCGAACUGGAAAUGAAGGAGGUGGUCAUGCAGAUUGACAAGCUGACGAUCAAUAUUGAACUAGGAGAGGACGACACCCGAGGUGCUUCUGGAGACUGUAGCUUCAGCAGGAAAGCAUCUGCUGUGGAGAAACACACGAGCGCCAAGAUCCACCAGGUCCAAGACAUUGCUGCACACCCAGACAGCCUGUGCCGUAAUCUGCCAACGGUGCAGAGGGACACAAAAAUGCUCCAGGCAUCUAGUGAGACCCAGGCUGAGUGGAAAGGCAGUCCUCGGGGGCCCCCACCAGCAUACCCAAAGCCACAUUCAGGCUCGAACACUUUUGUGCCGAAACCCGAACGCGUCGCCACCAGGUUGCUUUGCAACGGACCCAAAUCAGAGGUCUCUGGAGGGCUUCAUAGCAGGAAGCCUCCUCCUUACCCCUUCAGCAGCAGAGCUAGGAGACCAAAAAAAGGGGAGGAGCUGGACCUGAAACCCCUCUCUCACUCAGGCAAGCGAAGACUGCUCUCCACCACCGUAUGAUCGGGCAGCAGCCUCAGGGCAGCUAGGGGGAUAUUACUUACCUGGUUUGUAAAAAGCCGGUAUCCAAGGUGACGUGCGCUGUGAAAUAAGUACGGUCUAAAAGUCCCGGCAUGGUGUCAACUGACUCAAAGUCUCGCGAUUCAAAGGCGACUCGCUCUGUGUGGUGCAUGUGAUGAAUAGGGACCCUGGUGGGUUCAACACCACGUUCAGCAGUGCUGUUUUAACCCAUGGGCUGUGGAACAGUGCUGGAGGGGGAAAAAAAAAACAAAACGUCGGAGGUACGACUGUAGACAGAAGACUGAUGGAGGUUAGGCCAAGCCUUAAGAGACAGCAGGAACAAAUCACACUUCCACUGCUUAUCCGUUACAGGGUUUUAUUUGUACCGAUAUCCCCACUGUGCUCAACUUACAGUAAAUUAUUCAUUAAUAAUAAUCAUUGAUUCCUUGAUUCCUUAGUCCGUUUGAACAAGUUUAAGUUUUGGGAAGAAAUAAACAUUGUGCAUGAGAUAAGGGCUAGAUGCUCAUACUGCAUUGAGUAUAUCACCCUCUUGUGGGGUGUAGGGCUCAACACUUACUGCAACAUUUAUUUAUUUAUUUAUUUAUUUAUUUAUUUUAGUGGGGUGAGUUAAGAAUAGCUGACUGCUCUAAAGUUCCUAACAGGUAUAUAGUGUUCAUUCUGUAACAGUCUGUCACCACAAUGCAGGGCUCUUCUCUCAUAUGGAGUCCAACCGGUGAUUUUAGGUUUACCGUCUACUCAAGAUUAAUUAACUAACACACACCUGAAGAAACUCUGAGAUGACACAGAAAAAAAAAAGGUGAUGCAGUAUUCUAAGAUUUUCUG